UAAUUAAUUUCGUAAAAAUAGAUUAAAUGAAAGGAGAAAAAAAAAAAUUUGAUAAAUAUGGAUUAUAUUGUGAAUAUUCACAAUAAGAGAAUCUUUAAAUAAAUACUUUUUUAAUGAAUUGUAUUCUAAAUUACUAAGAAAAGAAAUACACUAAAGAUAAUUCUGAUUUUAAAAGAAUGCUAAAUGACUACGCAAGUCCAGAUUUAAAAAAAAAUUUUUUUGAUGGAAAUUUUGAGGAUAUGGAUUUUGAUAAUCCUGAACAUGAAAAUUUAAUGGAUUUUAUAAGUUAUAUUAGUGAUUUUAUUUAUAAAAUGUAAGAUAUUUUAAUCAAAAUGUAAAAAUUUGAUGGAAAAUAAUCAUUUCAAGAAUAUUUAGAAUCAUUUUACUAAACAAUUAUGAAAUAAAAUAGACGCUAAGAUAUGGAAUCUUUAAAUCAAAUGCUGUCUUAGAAAAAGGAAUUUUAAUAUUUUAUUUUAUUUGAUCCAUACUGGAAAGAUGCUUUCAAGGAGCUUGUUAAAAUAUUUCAAGGAAUUAAUAAUGCAGAAAAUAUAGAAACCAAAAUGGGAAUCAAAGUAAGUUUUAAGUCAAAAGAGGCAAGAAAUAUGUUUAAUCUUUUAUGUGCUUAGUGUAUAUCUUAAUUUAAGCUUAUAAAGUAAUAAGAUGUAAAAUCAAUAUGUGAGCAUGCUGAGUUUGAAAAAUUAAAAAUUUAAGCACUCAAAACUGUUUUUGCAAAUUUUGUAAUCUUUAGACAUACAAAUGUAUAGAAACAAUUUUUUAGCUCUUAACAAUAAAAUUUACUUGAUCUGCACUUAUUCACUCCAGAAAUCAGCAGCAAAGAAGAUUAAAGUCUGAUGACGUACUAGCAAAAUCCAUAUAUUUUAUUGCCUCAAAACAUGCAUAUACAGCUCAUCGACUAAAAAAAGAAUCCUCUUUCUUUAGUAAAAUCUAUGAAACUUGUUAUUUAGAAUAAGGAUUAUGACUAUAUAUCAUAUGAAGAAAAUGAAGAAUUAGAUAUUCAAUUACAAAAUUAAGAUAAGAGCAAGUAUAAAAAACUAGAAUACUUCAUAACAUAUUUUUAUUACUACAAUGAAGAGGAUGAAGAAGAUUAGCAGUCUAGAUAUGCAUUUGUUCCUGCUUAAGUUUUGGAUGACGGUGUAAAAUCAAUGCAAUAAUCGUGUUUUGGAUUAGAUGGAUUUCUUUAAAACAGUUAAAUGUAAUCCCUCCUAGAAGAAUUUAAAAACCCUCUUAGGUUUUAUGAAUGUAAGGGACCUCUAAUUUAUGGACCACCUGGAACUGGUAAAACAUUUAUUAUCCAAAAGAUGAUAAAAUACUUUUAAAUCCACUUAAUAUUUGAUGGCAACAGUUCUACUUUUUAAACUUCCCUUUAAGGAUAAGGAUCAAGAAUGCUUACCUAUUACUUUAAUAGAGCAAGAGCAAUACCAUGGUAGCCAUGUGCAGCUCAUAUAGGAGAAAUAGAGUAGCUUGUUAAAAAGAAAGAUAAAGAUGGAGGAGGAUCAUCAGAAGUGCUUAAUAAACUUUUAGAAUUAACAGAUGGUACAGAAACUGUGGGAAAUAUUAAGAUUUUUAGUACAACAAACCAUGUUGAAAUGAUAGAAGAAGCUAUUUUAAGUAGAUUUAGAUAAGUUUAUCUGGGAAAAUCGAAUACACCUCUGAGAAGAGAUUGGAUUGUUUGGUAUUUGCUUUAAAAUAAAAACCAAAGCGAGGAUAAUUUUAAAUCAAUUAUUUAAGGAUUCAUUCCUGAUGUUGAAGACUUUAUAAAGUAGUCUGAAAAAGAAUAAGAGAAAUAGCUUAAAGAUGCAAUAUAAGAUAUUGUCAGUUAUACAGUUAACUUUAGUACAAGAUAGCUUAAAGCUCUAAUGUCAAAUAUAACCUCAAAAAUUUUAUUCGGGGAGCUUAAUUAUUAAAGUUAACCAGAGUAAAAGUUGAAGUGUAUUUUAAACUUCUGUAAAUCUUUAGGAGAAGAUAAUUUCAUGUUUGGAAGUAAAAGUCUACCUCAAACAAUGUUUGAUUGUUUAAACUAGAAUCCAUCUGAAUUUGUAAAUUAGCUUUUAAAUGAGUCUAAUUAAAAAAAAUAAGACAAUAGCUCAUAAUAGCUAAUUUUAAUGGAUUCAUUAGAAGAUGAGUUAAAUAGUCAAGAAGUGCAGCUAUUUAUAGAUGAGAAUUUUGAAUAUUCGAAAGUAGUAUUUAUUGAUCAGUCAACAGUAUAAAAUGAGAGGAUUAGUAUUUUGAAGUAAAAAUAAAGAAUUUCAUAAAAAAUACAUCUUUAUAAAAAAGUCGAGGAUAUGUAUUAUAAGUUAGAAAUCUUAGUUGGUACCAUACUUAAAUGCUAGCAGUUUAAACAUUUAUUACAGGAAAUCGAAGAUAGUAUUUCAAAAUUUGGAAAAUUAUUUAUUGAUCUAGAUAAAUAACUGUAAUUUUAUCGUGAUUACCAAUAAAAUAAAAAAAAAUUGUAGCUGCCCUAAGAAAUUUUUACAUUAUUGCAAAAAACAAGAACUGAAUAGAUAAAAAAAUAUGAGGAAUUAAAAUCAGGAAUAAAUGCUGAAAGCAAUAAUGGUAAAAAAGUUAAACUUUUACCUAUCGAUAAAUUAAGAGAAAUAGAUAAUUUGUUUAAAGUUUUUAAAGAAUUAAUUUAACAAAUCGACAAAUAAAUAAACAAAGUAAGAGAUGAUAUUGAUCGUUAUACUAGUUUCUUAAGUUUAGAAUAGAAAUUAGGAGAAAUUAAGGACAUUUUGAUUAAAGAUAAUAGUUAAAUAGAUUUCUAAAAGUUGAUAAAAAAUUAAGAAGCAUUUGCGAACAACGAAGCUAAUAAGUUGUUAAUGCAGCUCAAAAAAAUAAUUAGAGCUGAUUAGCUAGAAUACAUGGAAGUUGAACAAAUAAUAAAGCAAAAAAGGUUCUAUUAAGUAAAUUUCUGCAGCCUACGUGACCCAAGUUAUGAUAAUAUUAUGGUACUUCUUGCUGAAUUUAUCAACAGGGGCGAUUUUUCCAAAGUAGACAUGGUUGAUUACCAUUCAUGUGAACGAAAUAAUGCUUUUAAAGAUAUAAACUCCUUUAAAGAUUACAUAUCUAACUUAACUAAAGAGGGUAAAGAAGAAGAAAAGUCGUUGAUAGUUUAUAAACUUGAUGAAAUUUUAGAUGUUACUGAAGCUGAAGAUACUCAGAUUGAAAAGGAUAGGCUUUAAAUGGCAAUAAAGAUAUUCUAAACAAUAAAUGUAGACACUACAAAUUCAAAUAUGUGGUCAAUAUUUAUUUCUAAAAAUUAAAAUGUAAUUGACUUAUUCUACAACACUGUGACUUAUUGGCCUAAGUAGAGUAUUAAAGGUAAAUUGAUUCAAAUAUAACAAGAAUAGCUAAAGUUGAUAGAAUGCAAGUUCUGUGGUAAAACAUUUAAAGAAUCUGAUGAAGAAGAUUAAUGCAAAGCUCAUAUUAGUGACGAAUUUUUCAUAGAAAAAAACACAGAGAAAUAUAAAAAAUUUGAAGGAGAUUGGUUUGGACCAUAUUUGGAAGAAUAUUAUAAAAGGUAAAAGCAUGCAAAAGAGCAUAAAAAUAAUUCUUUAAGUUCAAAUGAAUCUUAACAGGAUAAAUUAACCAAAAAAAGUUGUACGUAUUGUGAAAACUAUUAAGAAUUCAAGAUAGAUAAUUACAGUUUGGACUUAUAUGAGCUUAAUGCAGACUCUUUUAAAAUUAUGAAAUCUAAUUCUAUAAUUCCACAAUAUUUAAAGAGUUUUGAACAAAUAAUCAAUUUAAAAUAACCAAUAUAAUUAGAAGAAGUCAAAAGACGAAUUUAAAAAAGAGAAGCUUUCGCAAAUGAAUUCAAGAGAGUCUGUUGCUAAGGUGACUAUUACAAAGAAUAAUGUAAUCCACAUAAACACUAAAAAAAAGAAGAGAUCACAGAAGAAAGCAUUAAAUAAGAAAUUUAUGUUUACAUAAAAAAUAAAAUUUAAGAAUUGAAGUGAUAAAAAAUUAAUUUAACUAAAGCUAGUAAAUAUAAAAAGGUUAUUCUUUAUCAAUUAUUAUUACUAUUAAUAUUAGAUUUAUAAUGUUUUUUUGGUGUAAGAAUUUUCAACAAAAAAAAUUAUUUUUUUUUAAAUUGUGAUAUUAUUUAUAUAUUAUAGUAAGUAUUCCAUAAAUAAGACUAAUCAAAAA